UCCGUACGCGCUGACGUCAGCGCUAUGACUCCUUACGCCUGGCUUUUCUUCGAGUCUCCCUGGAUUGCCAGAGUCCGGCGACAGGAGGAGGUGUGGAGGUGUGCAUUUUUGUGGCGGUUUAGUUUCUCUUGGAGUCGCAGGGGUGUAAAAGUGUGAGGAACCUGGAAAGGCCCGCCACUCCCAGCCCUCUUUCUCCGAGUUUGCGAUUUCGAAGUCCAAGAUGGCCAAAGUCUGUGCCGUUUUUGGAGGUUCCCGGGGCAUUGGCAGGGCGGUGGCCCGGUUACUGGCCCAGAAAGGCUACCGACUGGCGAUUGUCGCCAGGAAUCUGGAAAUGGCCAAAGCCGCCGCCGGGGACCUCGGCGAUGGUCAUUUGGCAUUUAGCUGUGAUGUUGCCAAAGAACAUGAUGUUCAAAGUACGUUUGAAGAGAUGGAGAAACAUUUAGGUCGAGUUAAUUUCCUGGUAAAUGCAGCUGGUGUUAACAGGGAUAGCCUUUUGGUGAGAACUAAAACUGAAGAUAUGAUAUCUCAGCUUCAUACUAACCUCUUGGGUUCCAUGCUGACAUGUAAAGCUGCUGUGAAGACUAUGAUUCAGCAACAGCAGGGGUCUAUUGUUAACAUAGGAAGUGUUGUUGGUCUAAAAGGCAAUUCUGGCCAGUCUGUAUACAGUGCCAGUAAAGCAGGAUUAGUUGGAUUUUCACGUGCUCUUGCUAAGGAGGUAGCAAGAAAGAAAAUUAGAGUGAAUGUCGUUGCUCCAGGAUUCGUUCACACAGAUAUGACGAAAGACUUGAAAGAAGAACAUUUAAAGAAAAAUAUUCCUCUUCAGAGGUUUGGAGAACCCAUUGAAGUGGCACACGCGGUUGUGUUUCUUUUAGAAUCGCCAUAUAUCACAGGGCAUGUUCUAGUCGUGGAUGGGGGAUUACAACUUGUAAUGUAACUUACCGAUUUUCAAUAACAAUGAUGGUUAGCAUCAAGGGCGUACUUUGGCAGUUAUACCUACAUGGGUGACAUUUGCUAAUCAAACCUAUUGAUGCUAUAAGUGUUGAUUUCCAUCGUUGUGUAAAUAUGUCAGAAAAGAACAGUGUUUGACCAGUCAUGUUUUCUAAAGAAUAUAUAUCAUUUAUCUUUUGUUAUCUUAUGAAAUGUAGCAAUUUUACUAUAUAGCCAUUUUGCAAGUAAUAGAAAUAGGUAUCUUAUAUAAAGUGGAAAAAAUUAUAUUGUCUAAUAAAACCAAAAAACCAAAACCAAACCAAACCAAACCCAUUGCUGUCAAGUCGACUCUGACUCAGCAACCCUAUAGGACAGAACAGAACUGUCCCAGAGGGUUUCCAAGUAGUUCCUGGUGGAUUCGAACUGCCAGCCUUUUGGUUAGCAGCCGUAGCUCUUAACCACUACACCACCAGGGUUUCCUUUGGUCAGGCUGGAUUUUCUAGAAGUUAUUUUUAUAGGCCAUUGCCAAAAUAAGAGUAUUUAGAGGAUAUUGGUUGUCAAUACUUUUAGCAAACCUGCUGAAGUUAAACAUUGUAUACACUGCAUGCAAAAAUAUGCCUGAGAUGAUCAAUUAUUAUACAGGUUGGGAAAAACAGUAUUGUUAUGAUAAAGACAUGAAUUUGGAGUCUGGUUUCUUCUAGUGGUGUUACUCCUGAUUGAAUAGCUGGGCAAAAUAAUCUGCCAGUUUAAGUGUGGUAUAGUUGACCCAUUCUAUAGAAAUUCUCCAAAGUGUUAAGGAUUAAUCCCUGUAUUAAGCUUUUAAUAUUUGUUACAUAAUGAGCUGCAUAGAUCCCAUGAAUUUAGGAAAUAUUUUUUUAGUUAGAAAAAACUCAGUAGAGAGGGCUACUUAAAAAUAGUGUAAGAAAUAUGACAUUUUAAAAAUAAAGAACAUUUUACGCUAAUGAAUGUAAUGAUUCUCACCCAAAAAUUUUAGGAAAAUACUAAACAAUUAUUUACUUAAUUACUUAUUCUUUAAGUCAUAACUUAUAAAUGUGCAAUAACAAUUGUUACCAGAGAGACUGCCCUCGGUUCUUGUCUUCGGUGUAGGAAAGAAUUCAAACACUGAGACAAAUAGUGCCAAGCGAGCAGAGGUUCAUUAGCUGGCAGAGGGUUAGCAGCAAAAAUACAAUUGACUAGGGAGCGUCAAGUGGGCUACUCAGAUAGAAAGAGAUUCUGAGUGCCCCGACAGUUGUUUUCCUAGGGUUUUAUACCCUUUUUCUCCUAUCUCACCCUAUUAACGUUUAACUGCCAAGUCAGGGACCCCUGUAGAGAGCAUUUCCUUGGCUUAAUGUUUAACAGCCAAGUCAGGGACCCCUGUAAAGACCAUUUCCUUGGUUUAUUUAAUUACCAAGUUAAAACCGAAAAAACCAACCCCACUGCCUUCGAGUCAAUUCUGUCUCAUAGCAACCCUACAGGACAGGGUAGAACUGCCCCACUGGGUUUCCAAGGAGCGCCUGGUGCAUUCGAGCUGCUGACCUUUUGGUUAGCAGCCAUAGCACUUAACCACUACACUACCAGGCAUUACCAAGUUAGGGACUAUCUUACUGAGGAAUGUCACCACCCCCAUCUCCUUCUCCUCCUGAGUGCAAGCUCUCUCCCUCCCUCUUACAUCCUUUCCCCAUCAAGUGCCAUUCUCUGAAAUCUUUGGGGUUGUUGAAGGGGGGUGGUCCGUCUUCUGUAACUACUUCCUGCGGUCAGUGGGGCAUAGAGCUGGCCCUAGAAGAGGCACUUGUUCCCUAAUGGGGGGUUUGCUUGACUUCGGGAGCUGAGGAUGGGUGCGUUGGGCAGCUUGAUCCAAAGGGCUUUCAGGACUUGCAUUAUUUGAUGAUGUCUGAAUUACAGCCGUUUGCAAUUGAAACUUUUGUAAUCUGGAAGAUACAAAAUGAGUUAGUAUUUUAAGGAGGCAGGGUCCAAACAGUAAAAGAAGAAUCAAAGGCAUUAAAGGGCCAAGGAACAGUAUUAGCCAAGAGCCCCAUGACCAGAUGGAUGACCAAGAGUUCCAUCCUUGUGUUUGGAUUUGUCUGGCCUUAUCUAAAAAGUGGUGGAUAUGUUCUUGGACUUGGCCAGUUUGGUUCACCCAAAAGCAGCAUUGUUCACCUAGCAUGGAACAUAUACCCCCGUGGAUAGCCACAUGUCCACAUGAAGUACUACAGCUGCCAAAGAAUUUAUUUGAGUUUGUAGAGUAGCUAUAGAGGCUGUUACCUGGUUAUUGAGCUGGGCUAGUCCAAGUGAGAGGUUUGCAUAAACUUGAGCAGCUCCUAGCGCCCCAGUGGUUCCAGCUGUGAGGCCAGCCAUUCUGAUAAGACUGCUAAGUCCUAUUAACAUGGGAAUUAGGGGCCAUGUUCUUUUCACCACCUUAUGAGUGGUGCCUAAAGGUAAAGGGAUAGGCGCUCUUGCUUCAGCUAAAGACACAGGAGGGAGGACAUAUCCUACUGUGCAUAAUCCCGUCUAAUUUGUGGGUGGGCAUAUAUAAGCUGCAGUUCCACAUGCAUAAUGUAGGCCUGAAGAUAAUGGAAGACAACCUGAGACAUGGUAUACACCUGAUGAGGUAUAAUUGUAUGGAGUUGGCUUUUGGAAGGUGGAGGUAUAUUUCCAAAAGUAUGUGACAGCUAGGGCAGCUACUGUUAGCGGACUAAAGCAGGGGGUAAUGUUAUGGGUGGCAUUGUUGUUUUAGGUUUUCUCAGAAGGUCAUUUUGUGGAUGGCUUCUGUGAAAACCUUUUCCUUGGUGGUUUAAUGUUGUUGCUGGAUUUCCAUUUGGAAGCGGCCAGAAGGGUCAAAUGGUCACAACCCAGUGGUAUCUCCUGGAAAAACCCUCCAGUGUAGUCUAACUGUGUGUCUGAAGAGGUACUUGUGGGGGAAGGUUAACCGGCUGGAUGAGGACAGAGGAUCAGGGAAAAAUGCCGUUAGGUUCCUGAGGUUGUGUGUUAUCGUGACGAUUGUAUUGUAAAAGGAACGCUUUAGAGAUCUUACCUGUUAUGAGUAUCUUUGGCGACCUGGUGAGUAAAUGCACAACAGGCUUUGCCCCCCCUCUUAUUUGUACUCCCUGGUACAUGGUCCCUGUGAUAGGGUGUAUAGUUUGGUUAUCAUAGCUUUUGAACACCCCCUGAACUCCGGUGGAGAGGGUAUAGUGAAGAAAGCCUGAUGUUUGAGCCCAGACCUGCCAAGAGGCGGGCCAGCUUUCUGCGGACUGUCCCCAACCCUGUAGACAAAUCCAGCAGGACUGGUUAUAUUUGCUGUGUAUAAGCACCUUUAUGACUCCCUGAACCAUGUUUUUGUUAGAAGAGAGGGGUCCUUGGUAGGAGGUUAGUACGGAAAAGGUGGAUCCUGUGUAAAAGUUACUGACCUUUCCGCUACAUCUAGGGUUACCAUCGGCUCCUCUGCACCGAUGUUGAUGUUUUCGGUGUUCCUGCCAGUAGCUCUUGGAGCCCAGGGUUCCCUCAGCUUAAGGCCAUUUCCAUUGAGGGAUUGGGCCUGGGAGUCCUUCGAUUCUCAGGGCAGUCUCACCUCCAGUGGCCAUGCUGUUGGCAAUUGGGACAGGGCUUCUGGGGCAGUUUGUUUCGGGGGCAAUCCCUUUUCUAGUGGCCAAGUUGACCACAUUUGUGACAUGCACCGGGUGUAGUAUCCUUGGGUCUUCUUGCUGGCAGUGGGUGGUGCCUGCCCUGUAGGGCGGUGGUGAGGAGAUGAGCCUGUUUCUUCUCUUUUUUUUUUCUUCUUUUCUCAGAGCCUUUCUUCCUCUUCUUGGUCUCUACUAUAAAAGACCAAGGAAGAGACCUUUAACAGUUCGUUUAAGGGAGUUUGGGGUCUUAGCCCUUGUUUUUGAAGUUCGUGCCUAAUGCCUGGAGCAGAUUGAGUUAGAAAUCUGUCUUUUAAAACUACCUCCCUUUCUGGUGAUCCUGGGUCUAAAUUGGUAUACUUUAAGAGGGCUUCUUUAGUCUUUCUAGGAAGGCAGUAGGGUUUUCUUGGGGCCCUUGGUCGAUGGUGGCCAUUUUAUUGAAAUUGGUAGGUUUCAUCGUGCAAGCCCCCCACGUGUCUGUCAGCUUGUCGUACUGUGGGGGCUUGCAUGUUGCUGUGAUGCUGGAAGCUAUGCCACUGGUAUUCAGAUACCAGCAGGGCCACCUGUGGAGGACAGGUUUCAGCUGAGCUUCCAGACUAAGACAGACUAGGAAGAAGGACCCGGCAGUCUACUCCUGAAAAGCAUUAGCCAGUGAAAACCUUACGAGUAGCAGUGGAACAUUGUGUGAUAUAGUGCUGGAAGAUGAGCCCCCCAGGUUGGAAGGCACUCAAGAUGACUGAGGAAGAGCUGCCUCCUCAAAGUAGAGUCGACCUUAAUGACGUGGAUGGAGUAAAGCUUUCGGGGCCUUCAUUUGCUGAUGUGGCGUGACUCAAAAUGAGAAGAAACAGCUGCAAACAUCCAUUAAUAAUAGGAACCUGGAAUGUAUGAAAUAUGAAUCUGGGAAAAUUGGGAAUCUUCAAAAAUGAAAUGGAACGCAAAACAUCGAUAUCCUAGGCAUUAGUGAGCUGAAACGGACUGGUACUGGCCAUUUUGAGUUGGACAAUCAUAUAGUCUACUAUGCUGGGAAUGACAACUUGAAGAAGAAUGGUGGAUUCAUUGUCAAAAAGAAUGUUUCAAGAUCCAUCCUGAAGUACAACGCUGUCAGUGAUAGGCUAAUAUCCAUAUGCCUGCAAGGAAGACUGGUUAAUAUUACUAUUACUCAAAUUUACUGCACCAACCACUAGGGCCAGAGAUAAAUAGAAGAUUAUUAUCAGCUGCUGCAGUCUGAUAUUGAUCGAACGUGCAAUCAAGAUGCAUUGAUAAUUACUGGAAACAAAGAAGAAGGAUCAGUAGUUGGAAAAUAUGGUCCUGGUGAUAGAAACAAUGCUGGAAAUCGAAUCAUAGAAUUUUGCAAGACCAACGACUUCUUCACUGCAAAUACCUUCUUUCACCAACAUAAAUCGUGACUGUACACAUGGACCUCACCAGAUGGAACACACAGGAAUCAAACUGACUACAUCUGUGGAAAGAGAUGAUGGAAAAGCUCAAUGUUAUCAGUCAGAACAAGGCCAGGGGCCGACUGUGGAACAGACCAUCAAUUGCGCAUAUGCAAGUUCAAGCUGAGACUGAAGAAAAUCAGACCAAGUCAACGAGAGCCAAAAUAUGACCUUCAGUAUAUCCCAUCUGAAGUUAGAUACCAUCUGAAGAAUAGAUUUGACGCAUUGAACACUAGCGACUGAAGACCAGACAAGUUGUGGAAUGACAUCAAGGACAUCAUCUAUGAAGAAAGUAAGAGGUCAUUAAAAAGACAGGAAAGAAAGAAAAGACCGAGAUAGAUGUCAGAAGAGACUCUGAAACUCGCUCACGAACGUUGAGCAGCUCAAGCAAAAGGAAGAAUUGAUGAAGUAAAAGAACUGAACAGAAGAUUUCAAAGGGCGGCUUGAGAAGGUAAAGUAUUAAAACGACAUGUGCAAAGAGCUGAAGAUGGAAAACCAAAAGGAAAAAACACUCUUGGCGUUUCUCAAGCUGAAAGAACUGAAGAAAAAAUUCAAGCCUUGAGUUGCAAUAGUGAAGGAUUCUAUGGGGAAAAUAUUAAACGAUGCAGGAAGCAUCAAAAGAAGAUGGAAGGAAUACACAGAGUCAUUAUACCAAAAAGAAUUAGUCAAUGUUAAACCAUUUCAAGAGGUGGCAUAUGAUCAGGAACCAAUGGUACUGAAGGAAGAAGUCCAAGCUGCUCUGAAGGCAUUGGUGGAAAACAAGGCUCCAGGAAUUGAUGGAAUAUCAAGUGAGAUGUUUCAACAAACAGAUGCAGCGCUGGAGGUGCUCACUUGUCUAUGCCAAGAAAUAUGGAAGACAGCUUCCUGGCCAGCUGACUGGAAGAGAUCCAUAUUUAUGCCUAUUGCCAAGAAGGGUGAUCCAACGAAAUGUGGAAAUUAUAGAACAAUAUCAUUAAUACCACAUGCAAGCAAAAUUUUAGUGAAGAUCAUUCAAAAACGGCUGCAGCAAUAUAUCAACAGGGAACUGCCAGAAAUUCAGGCCGGUUUCAGAAGAGGAUGUGGAACCAGGGCUAUCAUUGCUGAUGUCAGAUGGAUCCUGGCUGAAAGCAGAGAAUACCAGAAGAAUGUUUACCUGUGUUUUAUUGACUAUGCAAAGGUAUUCGACUGUGUGGAUCAUAACAAAUUAUGGAUAACAUUGCGAAGAAUGGGAAUUCCAAAACAUUUAAUUGUGCUCAUGAGGAACCUUUACAUAGAUCAAGAGGCAGUUGUUGGGACAGAACAAGGGAAUACUGAUUGGCUUAAAGUCAGGAAAGGUGUGUGUCAGGGUUGUAUUCUUUCACCAUACCUAUUCAAUCUGUGUACUGAGCAAAUAAUACAGGAAGCUGGACUAUAUGAAGAGGAACCGGGCAUCAGGAUUGAAGGAGGACUCGUUAACAACCUGCGUUAUGCAGAUGACACAGCCUUGCUUGCUGAAAGUGAAGAGGACUUGAAGCACUUACUGAUGAAGAUCAAAGACCACAGCCUUCAGUAUGGAAUGUACCUCAACAUAAAGAAAACAAAAAUCCUCACAACUGGACCAAUGAGCAACAUCAUGAUAAAUGGAGAAAAGAUUGAAGUUGUCGAGGAUUUCAUUUUACUUGAAUCCACAAUCAACAGCCAUGGAAGCAGCAGUCAAGAAAUCAAAAGACACAUUGCCUUGGGUAAAUCUGCUUCAAAGGACCUCUUUAAAGUGUUGAAGAGCAAAGAUGUCACCUUGAAGACCAAGGUGCGCCUGACCCAAGCCAUGGUAUUUUCAAUUGCAUCACAUUCAUGUGAAAGCUGGACGAUGAAUAAGGAAGACCGAAGAAGAAUUGACGUCUUUGAAUUGUGGUGUUGGCGAAGAAUAUUGAAUAUACCGUGGACUGCCAAAAGAAUGAACAAAUCUGUCUUAGAAGAAGUACAGCCAGCAUGCUCCUUAGAGGCAAGGAUGGUGAGACUGGGUCUUACAUACUUGGGACAUGUUGUCAGGAGGGAUCAGUCCCUCGAGAAGGACAUUAUGCUUGGCAGAGUACAAGGUCAGCGGAAAAGAGGAAGACCCUCAACGAGGUGGAUUGACACAGUGGCUGCAACAAUGAGCUCAAGCAUAACAAGGAUUGUAAGGAUGGCUCAGGACCGAGCAGUGUUUCGUUCUGUUGUGCAUAGGGUCGCUAUGAGUCGGAACCGACUCAACGGCACCUAACAGCAACAACAACAACAUCCUGCAAACUUUCAUUCCCUAAACCAGGCACGCUAACAUGUGGCCUUUCGCCCAUCUGCCUCUUUGGGUAUUAUAAUCCUGUUUGGGGUCUAUGCCUGGGACUGUGGCGGUGCCCAUGGGGUAGGCCUGUUGGUUUUGUAUAUAUAGCCCAUCUGCGAAUCAUCUGGCUGUCUCAGUGAGAUUUAAUCUUUCUCCCUGGGUGAGUGUUUGGUUACAGUUUGUCAUUAUGUCUUUCCAACCUAAAUCAAAGGUGAGUGUUAAGCUCUUAAAUUUUUCUGUGUAGUUGUUAGGGUCAUCAGAGAAACUUCCUAGUUCUGUUUUUAGCUUUCCUAAGUCCUGCAUUGAAAAGGGAACCUGUACCCUGACUGGUCCAUCAGGGCCAGCCCCUUCUUGAAGGGGGCACAGGUAAGAUGGUGAAGGUGCUGUGGACAAGGAAUUGGAGUAGGGAGGCGUAGGAGGAACAGACAUUUCUUUGGUGUUUAAGGGUGGGGUUGUAAGGUUGGUAGGAUUUGGGUCUAAGGUGUCUAUUGUUUGGUUUGUAAUGAUGGCGAGAACUGCGGGAUCUAUCUUACACUUUUUAUACAGUUUUACAUUUUCUGUUAGGGCCAUAAAAACCUGGACAUUAGGGAACUCUGUCCAUUUGCCUUGUUUCCAGCAAAACAGAUCUAGCUGUAGGGUGGUAUUGUAAUUUAGACUCCCCUGUUCUGGCCAGGGAAACCCUGGUGGCGUAGUGGUUAAAUGCUACGGCUGCUAACCAAAAGGUCAGCAGUUCGAAUCUGCCAGGCGCUUCUUGGAAACCCUGUGGGGCAGUUCUACUCUGUCCUGUAGGGUCUCUAAAAACCAAAAAACCAAACCCGUUGCCGUCGAGUCGAGUCUGACUCAUAGCGACCUUUUGGACAGGGUAGAACUGUCCCACGGAGUUUCUAAGGAGCGCCUGGUGGAUUUGAACUGCUGACCCUUAGGUUAGCAGCCACAGCACUUACCACCAUACCACUGUAGGGUUUCCUGUAGGGUCUCUAUGAGUCAGAAUUGACUUGACAGCAAUGGGUUUUUUUUUUUUUUUGGUUCUGGCCGGAUUUCUCCAUUUCUGAGUUUAUAUUGAGGCCACACUGUGUUACAAAAGAAGACUAAUCUCUUUUUCUUCAGGGUUUGAGGGUCAAACCUGUACCAAUUUUUGAGGAUACAUCCCAGAGAUGAGGCUGGUGCUACCAAGUUUUGGUUUCCCAUUUGGAAAGGAACAGAGUGAAUCAUAGGGGGUAGGAUGUCUCCUGUGCCCGCCUAUGUUAAAUCACUGCCCAGAGAAGGUGUCCCUUCUCAGGCCUGGGCUUCCAGAAUUAACUAGUCUUACUGUGUAGCCUGCACCUGAAGUUUCUUGCCUAGAAACUUCUUACUGCCUCUGUCCUAGGGGUCCUUGUUUAUGUUGGGCUUCCAGAAUUAACUAGUCUUACUGUAUAGCCCGUCCUAAAGUUUCUUGCCCAGAAACUUCCUACUGCCUCUGUCUGGGAAGUCCUCAUUUCAUUGGCAAACUUUACUGUCUAUUGAAGUGGACUCCUUGAUUGCCUUGCCCCGUGACACACUGCGUAAUCCUGGGUGUCCCUUGGAAUUGGGCGUAUGAGAUGAUUUAGCAUUUGUGGGAGCCCCUCUUCUGUCCAUACCCGGCGGGGGGGUAAUCUUAUUUUCUGGACCCCUCCCUUUUUCUCUCUAGAACCAACAAACCUGUUCCUCAUGUCUGCCCCUCUCUGUAUACUUUAUGAAUUGUUUCUGCACACUGAAGGAGGGAAUCAGGGCAUGGAGGGCUGUCAUAAAGUAGACUCCUGCAGCCCACUUCUUUGUAUACUCUCGGACAUUCAGAUUCUUUGUGGGGGGGGUAACAGAUAUAACUUCAGUUAGUCUAAUGAAUAACCUCAAGAUUCUUGAUUCAAUGAGGUGGACCAGUGUGUCCCUAUUCAUUCUUUUAUAACAUGAAAGCAGGAGGAGCUGAACAAGGAAAGGCCACCUGUGUUUAGCUUCACAAUGGCGGUAUAAACAGGAAAGGGAGAGAGGUCCUUCACUGGAACUAUUAUCCCUUAAAAACCUUUACAAAUACGGCAGCGAUCCCUUUUGCAAAGCACACACGGAGGAUAUAGAUGCAAAUAUGUUAGCCAGAAGUUGGAUGGAGCUGAGAGGUGCAAAAGGUAGAUGGGUGACUGGUCUCUUAAAGAGACUUGCUGACUUGGCAUGACUGUUGCUGGGGGUCAGGUGUUCUGGGCUCAAAAUGUGCUGUUUUGUGAGCAGGACUCCUAGAGGGUGUGACUCCUCUAGUCGGCCGACGCUUCUCUAACAUGUCUCGGUUUCUCUCCCGGUUGUCUAAGACAGUCAGGAGGGGUUGGAGCGAUGGGCGGCCAACCCUUCUGUGUGCAUCCCUGGAUGAGCCUGGUUGUUAAUUAAGGAAAGUUGAAAUUCCCUUGAGGCCUCUCCAUGUCUUGGGUUUGACCUAGACACCUCCGCAAAGCGGAGGAAGUGCUUCUUUUCUUCAGAGUCUGAAAGAGUCAGACACUCAUUAUUACCAUAUUGUUGUUAACCAAGUACAGACAAAUCUUUCUAGCACCUCUUAGACCUCUCUCUUAAGAAGAAAAAAAACACACACGUAGAUGUAGGGGUACCUCGGUGCAGGGCUGGAAAGGAAAAAAGAGAACCUGCGCUCUGAGGUGGACUCACCAUUUUCCGGACGAAGGAGGAGGAAGUUUUAUGUCUGAGUCAUGGCACCAGAAGAUGAUACCAGAGAGAAUGCCUUCAGUUCUUGUCUUCAAUGUAGGAAAGAAUUCAAACACUGAGACAAAUAGUGCCAAGCAAGCAGAGGUUUAUUAGCUAGCAGAGGGUUAGUAGCAAAAAUAUACUUGACUAGGGAGCAUAAAGUGGGCUACUCAGAUAGAGAGUCUGAGUGCCCCCCGAUAGUCAUUUUCUUAGGGUUUUAUAGUCUUUUUCUCGUAUCUCCCCUUGUUAAUGUUUAACUGCCAAGUCAGGGACCCCUGUAGAGAGCAUUUCCUUGGCUUAAUGUUUAACAGCCAACUCAGGGACCCCUGUAGAGACCACUUAUCAUUUAAUUACCAAGUUAGAGACCAUCUUAUUGAGGAAUGUCACCACCGCCUAUCUUUCUGCUCCUGAGUCCAAGCUCUCCCCCUCUCUCUUACAUAAUGAAUUAAAUGUGUCUACAUGGAAUAGUUAAAGCAUUAGUCUUAAAAGAGAACAAUUGCCUACAAAUAGAGACUGUGGGGCAAAGAACUGAGUUGGGCCUUUUUUCUCUGGUUUUUGAAAAUAGCCCUGGGAAUAGCCCAAGCAGUUAAGAUGCUCUUUGUGUUCCCAAAUAGCCAGGUGACACUUGAACUUGUGGAAAUAAGUAGGGCCCAUGCAGGUCCCACCCUAGCACUAGGUCUCUGGAAGGAAGGUAGCAUGAUGUAUUCAGCACUCCUGUUCGUUGCAUGCAUAUUCAGUGGUGCCCCAGUGACUACAGGACCUUGGAGCCCUCUCUUUCUGGGCUUCCUGGAUUUGGUGAGAACAUCCAUGAAUGGGAGAUGGUAGCAGGUCCUUGUGGAAAAUAGAAACCUUGUGCCAGGAAUUCUACCAGACCUUUCCUUAUAUGGCUUUGCUUUGAUCCUUUCUGGUUAUAAUAAUGCGUAACUGUAAGUAUAGGUAGUCACCAUGAGUUCUACUAGUAAUUGUGGAAAGUUAUCAAACCCACCUGGGGCAGUGGGAGGCAGCAGUGACAGCCAGAAGGGGCUGGAGGGACAUAGUCCUAACUUGUGGAGACCCAACUCCAUGUGGUUAUCAGAGAGAGAAAGUGCCAGGAUGAUGAAGUGGGAAAGUGGGGAUAUGAGUUAUCUUCGCAUUUUGGAAAUUAGCCUUAUGUUGGCUGUAAGUAAUGGGGAGAUACAGACACAAAAUAAAUGUAAAAUAUCAGGCAACAUCUGUUUUGCAUUUAAUUGUUUUGUGGUGAAUACUAUAUUUUAAAUGUCACUGAAUUCAUGUUGAAUUUUAGUCAUUUUUCAAAUUAUUUUAAAUAUUUGCUGCUUUUUGAAAAGUAACAUUUUUAUAACUUUAUUGGAGCUGAUCCUUUUGUAAAAGAGAUUUAAUUUUAUAUUGAAAGUCAGUGGAAAAAUAUUGUCAAAGAGUGAGAACACAUACUCUGUUAAAAUAAAAGUAAAGAGAUUUAUUGAGGAAUAAAAAAUAAAACUAUUUGCAUGUUGGCCACCAACCUUGUAGACAAUAUGAAGUAUGGAGGGAGAGGUGUGCUGUUACGGUAAAAAUGGGGAAGGGGAGUGUGUGAUGGUUGCACGCUUAGAGCCACAAGGUGGGUAUGUGUGUCAUCAGCAGUUCUAUUUUCAGCUACCUUCUUCCUGGAACAUCUUGAGUAAACUCUUUCUCCUACAGUCACAUUCCUGACCCACUCCCUUACUUACUAAGAAUGACUUGGUGCAAGAGCCAGGCCGGUUAAACAAGAUGAUUGAUAGGGGCCUGGGGUCUCCUGGUUACACUCAGCCAGUGGCUCAAGGCCAUAUGCAUAUGAAUGAGAAGAAGUAAAGAUGCGUUCUCAGGAAGGCAGAAGCAGGAGCUUGUAACAAAAUGGAGUUUUGAUUCAGCUCUUAUGUCAGCCAUUUUGUUAUGCCAAAUGCCUACGUUUCAGAGGUUUGCUAGCACAAUAUGAACAGUAUAUAGUAAGCAAAUAUAAAGUAACAAUGUUAUGUCUAAGUCAGUAUUUGUUCUAAAUCAGUAUUCCUGGUUCCUUAAAAAUUAUUUUAAGUUUAUCUUUGGAAUAGUCUUCUUAGAGAAGUCUGUUUAGGAUGUGAGAAAGUCAGUUGGCUAUGAGUAAAAUUAAUAUUAAUAAACUGUCUACUAAAAAUAAGGCAUGGUAAUGUACAGAAUUUACCUGGCAUUAGCAAUAUAGGAAAGGCAGCACUCAGGAUGGAUUCAAGUGUGGUGGAUGAUGCUUCUAGGGUCGGAGAGUUUAUGCAGAGUAGGUAGU